AUGGGUUGUUGUGAUGGCUGCACGCCACCACCCGCUCUCGGCGCGGAUUCCGAACCGGCCGUCCGCGAAUCAGUAAAUUGCGCGGACGCUGGCCCCAACCCUCCUGCGCCGGCUUCCAAGACCACGAGCAUCGAGGUUGGCAGUUGCUGCAAGCCUACUGAUGCCGAUGCGACUGAAGAUGUAAACGCUAACCACUCUAGUACUGACGACUGCUGCAAGCUGGCCUCUGACACCCCGGCUGUUGCUGCAAGUGUUGAUGACUGCCAGGUUGGCUGUUGUGGACCACCCCACACAGAACUGGAUGCUGUCAAGACUGUUGACAGCUGCGACGGCGGCAGUUGUUGCGCCUCAGAGCCUAUGGCAGACAGCUCUAACUCCCCUCAAGCUGCGAUCAAUCGCUUCCAGGUUGCUCAGACUUUGAGCGAGGGUGAUUGCACUGACGGCUGCUGUGUUGAAUCUGCCCGGGCCGACAAAGAACCGAAGCAGCCCGCCUGUUGUGAUGGCAAGACAUCUCCUUGUUGUGACACGUCUUGCCUGGAUCGCAUAGCCGCUCGCGAGUGUCGGGGAGUCGCCGUUGGUCGGGGCGAAGAGAAACGUAUUCCAUGCAGCAGCGAUGGUUGCGGCGACGGGACCCCAUGUAACGAACACAAGAACCGUGUUCGCUCACGCUUUGCGGCUCGAUUAGAGGCUCUCGAGUGUAUCUGUUCCGCCUUGAUAGCUCUGGGUCAAGCUUCCUGCUGUGUGUCAACCCCUCGUUCAUCCCUUGACAAGAAUCGUGCUUCAAGGGCCCAGCGCCGUGUCUUCGACGACUCAUGUUGCUCUCCUAGUGCCGCUACCGGCUCCCAAUGCUACGGAAAGAAGUCACCAGAAAAAAGAAGGCCAAGAUCCACAGACAUCUCUCUCAAGAGUGCCAAGGAUCUUGGCACUAGAAGCUCAUGCGCAGAUGCUUGCUGCCAGGAGAAAGAGUCGCGCUGUGAUCAGGUCCAGACUACCAACGAGAUCUCGUCUCAUGAUACCAGUGCCAAGCAUCUUGAGGAUGGACUCUCUGGCCACGAGCACGUUAUUCUGAGUGUAUCGGGCAUGACUUGCACUGGAUGUGAGACCAAGCUGAGUCGCACGCUAGGAUCUCUUACUACAAUCAAGAAUCUGAAGACCAGUCUAGUCUUGUCCCGAGCCGAAUUCGACUUGGACCUCGGGACGUCAUCUGUCGCCGACACUAUAGCAUACAUGCAGAGAUGCACAGAGUUCAAGUUUGAACGCAUCAUCAAUCAUGGCUCUACGAUCCUUGUGAUUCCAAAAGGAAAUACUCAGAGACUUUUGGAAAUGGACUACCCCGCAGGGGUUACGGAAAUGUCAGCCAUUGAUCAAAAGUCCGUCCAGAUAGUCUUUGACCCAAAGAUUGUAGGAGCCAGAGACCUGUUGAAUAAGUUCGGCACCGAAGGCCCUUUGGAUCUUGCCCCUCUGCGAGGUGAUCCGACACUUGCGGCGGGGUCACGGCAUGUCCGCAACGUUGGCUACAUGACUCUACUGUCAGCUAUACUGACCGUUCCCGUCCUUGUCCUUGCAUGGGCGCCUCUCUACGAGCAUGAGAUCACCCAUGGGUCCAUAUCGUUGGUCUUUGCGACCAUUAUUCAGUUUGUGGUCGCCGGUCCCUUCUACCCCAAGUGCCUGAAAGCCUUGAUCUUUUCCCAGGUUAUUGAGAUGGAUCUUUUGAUCGUCCUGAGCACUACAACAGCCUACAUCUUUUCGGUUGUCGCCUUUGCCUUUAUGGCAUCUGGUAAGCCAUUAUCUACGGGAGAAUUCUUCGAGACUAGCACACUUCUGGUGACCCUUAUCAUGGUCGGUCGGUGGGUAAGCGCAUUCGCACGUCAAAAGGCCAUCGAGUCAAUAUCCAUUCGAUCCUUGCAGAUUUCAACGGCUACACUAAUCACCGAAAAUGGGGAGGAGACGCAGAUUGAUAGUCGACUACUUCAAUAUGGCGACUCUUUUAAAGUCAAUCCUCAUUCACGAAUUCCAACUGACGGCACAAUUAUUUCUGGUUCAUCAGAUGUGGACGAGUCUAUGAUUACAGGAGAAUCUAGGCCUAUCGAGAAGAGCCCCAAAUCUUCAGUCAUUGCUGGAUCAAUCAAUGGCCCAGGUGUUCUUGUUGCACGCCUGACCCGCCUGCCUGGAGACAACACGAUUAGCUCGAUUGCGGACAUGGUCGACGAGGCCAAACUAUCCAAGCCCAAGAUCCAGGAAAUGGCAGACAAGGUAGCAAGCUAUUUUGUACCGGUCAUUCUGGCCAUCACAGUAAUCACAUUUGUGGUCUGGAUUGCCGUCGGUAAGGCUGUCAAGAACCAGUCGGGUUCAGAUGCCGUGGUGAAUGCCAUCACGUACGCCAUUACUGUCCUCAUUGUAUCUUGUCCUUGCGCCAUCGGAUUAGCCACACCCAUGGUAAUUGUGGUUGCGAGUGGUAGAGCAGCAGACCGAGGUGUCAUCUUCAAGUCUUCGGAGGCUCUCGAAAUUGCCCACAAGACGUCUCAUGUGGUGUUUGACAAGACUGGCACGUUGACCGAGGGUCGAUUGGCCGUAGUUGUCGAAGACCUGACUACCGAGCAUGAAGGAAGGAGCACUGUCCGACUUCUGCUUGGUCUUGUGGGCAGCAUCAAGCACCCGGUCUCGAUUGCAGUCGCUACACACCUCAGGUCAAUGUCUGUUCUGAACGCCCCAGUUGAUGAUGUCCGGUCAAUUCCUGGCAAGGGAGUGGAAGGCAAAACGCCACUGGGUCAGGUGUUACGAGCGGGAAAUGCGCACUGGCUAGGGGUAUCUAAUGACCCUCGAGUGCACGCUAUUCUCGCCCGAGGCUGUACCACAUUCUGUUUUACCAUUGAUGGAUCCCUGGCUGCAGUCUUCGGUCUGGAGGAUACCCUACGGUCGGAUGCCUUGGAAGCUAUCGCGAAUCUACAAAGACGAGACAUCACCGUGUCACUCCUGUCUGGAGAUGAUGAUGGGGCCGUCCGCAGUGUAGCUGCACAACUUGGCAUUCCCGACACCAAUGUACGAUCACGUUGCGGUCCUGCAGAGAAGAAAGAUUUCAUCAAGGACUUGCUUGCCCCUACCAGCAAUGCUGGCAAGAAGUCCGAGGCACCAGUGGUAAUCUUCUGCGGUGAUGGCACCAAUGAUGCUGUCGCUCUUGCUCAGGCUAGUAUCGGCGUUCACAUAAACGAGGGGACUGACAUUGCGCAGUCAGCUGCUGACGUGGUUCUCAUGCGCCCUAAUCUGUUGGGAAUUCUGACCAUUAUACAACUCAGUAAACUUUCAAUUCGACGCAUCGGCUUCAACUUUGGAUGGAGCUUCGUGUACAAUAUUUUCGCCGUUUUGCUGGCUGCGGGAGCCUUUGUCAAUGCUCGAAUUCCGCCACAAUUCGCCGGACUGGGAGAACUAGUCAGUGUUCUGCCGGUCAUUGCCGCAGCUAUUCUACUCAAAUGGUCGAAGAUUUAA